UCUCCACUCAAUUGAAAUUUUUCUUCCAUUAAUUUAUAUCCCACUUUUCGGUACCUUUUCCUCCAUUUAUUCCAUUUCAGAUUUUUUAAUCGCCACCUUCACUCAUCUUUUAUUCAUCAUAUUUUAUUAUCAAUCACAUGCUGUUCAACAUUUUUUUCUUCACUGCCGACACUUUGGUGUCUUCCUACUCCACCAUUUCCACAAUGCAUCAAUCAUGACAAUAGAAAAACAUGACCCACAAGCUACAGAAGAUCUAUUUUUAUCUAUAUUUUUAUAUGUACCAAUUGAGGUCUCCCACCUUUAACAAUUUGUCAGUAAAAGUUUGCCAACAGUUUUGAUCUUCUGCCGAUUUAAGGAGAGGAGAGUCUGGAAUCGAAGGGGAUUCUCCUUCCAGAGGGAGAAAAAGGAAAAGAACGAGAGGGUGAGAUCUGGACCGAAAAAGAAACAAUACAGAGAAGAUAGCAACAGGUAGGAAUCCAUGAACAUGCAUACUAGGAAGCUUAAACCAGCAAAAGAGAGAAAAUGAGGCAAGUAGAAGUACAUGUUGCAGCCAAACCGUGAAGCCUUCACUUUGGUGCACAUUUUCAACACUUUCCAUGUGCAAAAUAAUCAACCCUGCACAUGUGGAGCACAUUCCAGCCGUGGCCCAUAUUUUCCACGUGAAACACAUUCAAACCAUGCAUCUCCUUCAUCUAAAGCACAUUUCCCAUGUGAAACAUCUUCAGCUGGUAGUCUAUGCACGUUUGAAUAACUUCUUUAGCACAUUUCAGAGGCUUCUCUUACUCUAUAAAAGAGAGCUUCUCAUUCUUGUAAAGGCAACUUGAAUUGAUAUAGUGAAAUGUUGUUGGAUUGUUUCCAGCCACUACUUCUUCAAGUUCUUUGCAUUGUGCCACUUUAGCACACUUAUCCUCUAGCUUCCUUCCCUCUUGGAAGGCCGUCUGAGCUAGAACCUCUGCCUACACACUCCAAAACCGCACCAGACAAUUCAUCAAACACCUUCCGUGCGCCUCCAACUACAUCUCCGUUUUCCAAUUCUGCUGCCACCUCUGGUCUGAGAAGUUGCUCAUUCUUGAAGAGUGAAGCUGCUUCCAUCAUUUGGUAUCAAGAGCCAGCACGUCCACGCUGUGCUUCAAUGAGCUAAGUUGCUCUUUUGUUCAAUUUUCGUUUCUGUCAUGUGCUGUCAAACUCUGUCACUGUUUUAGAAAUUUUUUUUUAUUCUGUUUUGGUUUAAUUCGUGUCUGUGAGUGUUGUAAUCAUGCAUUUGCUUUUCCUUAGUGUUUGUUGAUCAUUUUAAACGGUGAAAAUUGUUUGUAUGAGUUCAUUCCAGCUUUCAAAUUCAUUCUCCAGUUUUGUCCAAGUCUUGUGCAAUGUGCUGCAGUGUUCUUGCUGUCAUGAAGUAUUGAUUCUGUUCCAGCACUAUUUUUUUUGUUUUAAUUUGUGUUUAGAUGCAUGAUUAGCACUAUAUCAAUCCUACAAGGCAAUGAGACAAUGUCUAGCCUGGAUGACAUGAGCUAAAGCAUCCAAAAAUCAAAACAAAACCUGAUACUGUUUCACAAAAAUCUGCAUCAAAAGUCAAUUCUGGUUUGAUCUUGAGCAAUCUGUUUCAGUCCAGAAUUUUUGUUUCUAAAGCAUGAGACAAGUUUCUUUGUUGUUAUUAAGCAUGUCUAAAGUUGUAGCAACUCAUAUUAAGUACUGAAUUACAAAAUGCAUUGCCUAGUUGCUUACAAUCCAAUAACAUGUGUUGUCCAGAAUUUCCAAUCCAAAGCUAUCACCGUGCUUGUCUUCCUCGAUUGGUAUUAGGUGUUUUCAUAUCUCUAGCUGAUAUUCUACAGUUAGAUCUAGAUAGUAGGACUGUCCUAGAGUCUUUGCACCUGCUGUUUUCAUUUUAUUCCAUUCAGUUCUAAAUUCUGGUGCUAAGUUUUUACUUCAAAAUGCUGCAUAAUUUGCAACUCAACCUGUGAUUUGGAGCAUUUGGCUGUUUCAGUGCAGUUUCAACAUUGGUGCAGGUGUAUUUUAACUUUUGAAACUUGUAGUUACUGUUCAAUUGGUCAAUUUUACACCAGCACUGCAAAAUCAGUUUCCAACCAUUGAAUUUGCUUAAUUUUUGUUAGUGGACCAGUGACUUUCGGGUGUGGUCUUUUUCCUUGCUGUUUGAUAGUUUGAACACCUUCAAUUUAAGCAUAUAAAGUUGUUUGAACCAUUAGUUCUGCCAUAAAACCAUUGCAACUCAAUUUUGCAUCUCAAAGCACCAUUUUCACAUCACUUUUCUGGUGCAGUAUGCAAAUUAUGUGCUGUUGAUUUUGUCCAACCUUUAAAUCUUCAUUUCUGGAUUGGAAAAAGCUGGUUUCAAGUUUCCAAAUGCAAUGAUAUGCUUAAAAGAGUGUACUACAUCCAUAAAAAGCAAGAGAAAACCAAGUAAUCCAGUUUUGACGCCAAAACCCGAAAAUCACAAAAUCUGAAAUUCAUUGGGGACUUUCAUCAAACAGUUUGCAAAAUUAUCAAACAGUUUCACUACACUUGAUUUUGAUCUUUGUUUUUGCUUUUUCUUGCUUGUUUAAUCUGUUCUAGUGCCUCUCCUAGGUUCCUUUAGUGUCCCUCCUGUGAUUCUAAGCUUAAAUUCACUUGAAUUCAACUUGUUUGCCUUCUAAUUUGUGCCCAAAAUCUGUUCUGCGAAAAUUCAUUUCUGGUGCAGCAGCUGGUUUUUGUUGACUGGUUUGGUGUUUGUUUUGGGUGCUGUGACGAAUUGGUGCAGCUGGUUUUACCUCAGAUUCCUUGCUCCAAGGGGGUAGCAUCUUAGGAAGUGGAUGAGGUGUUAAAAAGGCCACAAGCUUGGACUUCAAGUGCACUUCUUUCUUGCUGUUCCAGCACCAAUUUCAGCAGCAGUUUCAGCAACCAUACCACCUUUUUGCUCAUGAUUUUGGACCAGCACUUUGUGAAACAACAGCCACACUUGGCUUUGCUACUUUUGUAAACAUUUUAUUUGUAAUUUUGGCUUGGUAUCACAGAACCUUUGUAGUGUCAUUCAAUUUUAUUUCUCAUUUGCAACUUAAAGUGACUUGGAAAAAUGCUUUUCAAGCAAUUCCAAGAGCACCAUUGAACAUUGUAAUAGUUUAGUUUCCACUUCUUAGUGUGAAAGUGUGUCAAGUGGCUCCAAGUGUCAUUUGCACUUUCACUUAGGGUCGUGUCUCAUUCAUUUUCAUUUGCUUUACUUUACUUUACUUUGCUUAUUGAUUUUUAUGUUUUAAGUCUCCGUGGUACUUAGGAGCGCGUUUCAUAUAGAUAAACCUUCAUUUGGUUUCUAGGUGCAUUUCAUAUUGCAUUUAAAACGCUUUUGAAAGAUUUCUACCUAGAAACUAAGGUAAGAAACAACCAAAGACACUCUGGCUAGGAAGGACAAGGUUCUUAAGCUUGUCCAUUGAGACUCACCUCUCCUUCCUGGGAGCUAUUUGGUUAAUUUUACCUCUAGAACCUUUCUAGAAAUCCUUCACAAAAAUUUAAAGAGUUUUGAUGUCUUGUUAUGAUUCCUAUAGGUCUUCUUCUUCAUAUAGGUCCUCUCGGUCUUCUAGUUUUGAUCAAUCCAUUACUUUCAAAGAAAUUAAAAGAAAACUUGAUGAAGCUAGAAGAAGGACUUGUUCCUAUCAUGAAUUUGAUCGGAUGGAGGAUGAAUUGUAUAAACAAGCUAGGGCAAAAAUUCCAUACUUUGGUGUGGAUAUUGGUACUUUAACAUACCUAGCUUGGGAAAAGGACAUUAAUGACAUGCAUCCAUUUAUUGCUAGAAAAAGUAAACCUGAGUCCUAUUUUCAUUCUAGCAAUAGUGAAUCUUAUGUCCUUAGUCUCUACACAUCUAGAUUUGAAAUGCAAGUAAGAGAGUGGUGGGAUGAGAGACAAUAUCAUGUUAGGAUAGGUAGAAAAUCUCUCAUUCAUGAUUGGUCUGAAUUAAAAGCUUGCAUGAGAAAAGAGUUUGUGCCUUCACAUAUUAAGAGAAACCUCCAAUUAUUAAGAGCUUACAUUAAAGAUGGAAAAACAUUUCUUGAAAGCUUAAAUGACAAUGGUUUCCUUAUUAGAGAACUAGAAUUUAAGAUUAACCUUAAGGAGCUGCAAACUAAGCAAAUAGAAUUAAAACUAAAAAGAGAUGUUGAGAGUCAAAAAGAGGAACAAAGGCAAGAAGAAAAGAAAAGAGAGAAAGAAGAUAAGAGAGAGAGAGAAGAAAGAGAGAGAAAAGAAGAAAAGAUAAGAGAAGAAAAAGAUAAAAGAGAGAGAAGAGAAGAAGAAAAGAAAAGAGAGAAAGAAGAGAAGAAAGAGGAGGAAAGUAAAAAGAAUGAGCUCUUGCUAAUGCUGGCAACUCCUACUCUUACCAUCAACAUGGAACCUAAAAGGGAAGGGUUCUCAUUAUUUACUUCUUUUCCAUUUAUUGUGCACUCUUCCAUUAUUCAUUUUUCUUUUAAAUCAAUUGCCAUCCAAUAUUCUGAGCAAUCCUUUUCAAAAUAUGGCAAUUCAAACCUUGAGUUAAUGUUACCUUUGUGUAAACAAAUAACUCAAGAUAAAAAUCCAAUAACUUGGGACUAUGGAAUUUUCCAUUUUUCCAAGCCUAAAUUUCUGAAAAUAUUUUUCAAAAAUACAAGACUUUUCUUUUGUCUUCUUAUCUUUGUUUACAUCAUCUUCAUCAUACUCAUUUUUGCAAUCUUUUGUAGAUAUAUUUUUGAUCCCGGAGGAACAUAA